AUGGCAUGUCCAACUCGUACAGUAGUGAACCAGUCUGUUCUCUGCCAUCUAUGUCUGAAUUUAACUAACUAUCUACUCCAGGGUGAACUUGAACACUGGUCGCCUAAGGCUAGUUAUUGCCGCACGGAUCACAAGUUAUUCGUAAGACAACUGACUUGGAUCAAACAUCGCCAGGCUUGCAUUUGUCAUGUGGGUGACAGUAUUGUCCAUCAGCCCCACAUCGAAAUCACGGAGCUAGCAAGAAGCCUGGACGCCCACCACCAUAUAGGCCUGACACAAAAGUGCCCUAUACAUAUAGGAUCCUACUUGCACGUUCAUGAAGGCGAUCCAGCUAUUAAGAAUUUCGUGUCAAAACUGAAGCUUCAUCUGUUGUGUCAAAUCAUGAUGUCAAGAAAUGUCGCAGAGUCAGAUCAAGACACCAAUUCAAUCAUUCUGAAGGACAACCAAAUGUAUUGUCACAACACCACCAGGUUUAACUAUACUAUAUAUGAUGUUCAUCGAGCCCAGGACAUCAUCAACUGUAUGGGAUAUGACAUCAACCCACAGAAUUCCCACUGCAAUGUUAUGGUCCUUGGCGGCAAAAAUGAUAUAAUGGGCCCCCGAGGUCACAAAUUUAUUUACGCCAAGGUACUAGGUGUUUAUCAUACUAAUGUAAUUUUCAUUGGAAGUGGUAUGGUCAACUAUACACCGAUUCAAAUGGAGUUUCUCUGGGUUCGGUGGUAUCCAGUCUCUGCCUGGGACACUUCAACCAUGGAUUGUGUUAGAUUUCCACCCAUGGCUGAUGAGCACUCAUUUGACUUUCUGGAUCCAACUGAUGUCCUUAGGGGCUGUCAUAUUAUUCCUUCUUUUGCUGGCAAAAGAGAUGGCCUGAUGGAUCAGGUCUCUCAGCAUGUGCAGGAGAUAAGGAUGAUUGGCAUGCAUAUUACAUUAAUCGGUGAGUUAUGCUACCACUUCAUGCAUGACUUAUAUGUAGUUUUUUUUCAUACUUUUAGGUUUGUGGACCACAAUAUGCUGAUGUGGUUCCACUUUGGCCUUGGAGUUGGGCAUACUUACUCGCACUACCAUACCUCACAAGCUGAGUCUCAGGAUGAAUACCUCGCAGGCUUCGCACAUAAUGCCCAAGAUAUUGGAGAUGAAGAGGAAGUUGAAAGCCAUGAUGAAGAGGACGAGGAUGAGGAAGAGGAUUGUGAGCGGGAAAAUGGACCUGAGCAACAGUUCGGCUCCAGCAGUGAAUCGCUGUUAUCUGAGCUUCGCGAUAUGUACGAUAGUGACUUAGAACUAGAUUACGAGAACUAA